ACCGUCAAAAAUGACGCUCCCUACAGGAAAAUACCUCAUCCGCAAUAAAGGCUUCGAUUCUUUCGUCCAGCGGGCAGCCCACGAAGAUCAUAGUCUCCUUCCCAAGCCGAUUGUUUCUAUCGCUUCAAGCUGGACAGAGGGCGUAUCCCCUGGCGGUGCUCCUGCGUUCUCGAAAAAUCGCCAGGUGUUUGCGUCGUUGUUUGAGGAGGUAGAUGAGGGCGUUAGAUGGUGUCUUACGAAUGCUCCGGAUGUCAGUGGAAAGGAUGUCUACAUCAUUGACAACCCGGUGACGAAGGAAGGUUGGGUUUUACCUGAGAAUGAAGCAGGAACUCAGGUCGCUUGCGGCUUGCUAAUCGUUGGUCCGAGUGAACCGCCGUUCUUCCCGCCGAAUCAGCUCUGGAUUAUCACUCCUGUAGAUUAAAUAUGCGACAAUUUGAAU